AUGGCUGUGGCAGUCGGUGCUGCAGAGGUGCCCAGCCUGGCAGAGAGGGGAUCUGAGUUCCUCCUUGCUUUUGUCCUGCAGUCCCACCCACUAUCCCUGUGCAACACCAGCGAGGAUGAACACACGGAGUCGGGAUUCAUCACCAUCGUCAAGCUGGAGCAGCCGGACCGGGAUCCCAACCCCUGCCUGUCCCUGGCCAACAAGGCAAAGCUGGCGGGGGAGCGUGGAGCCCGUGCAAUCCUUUUUGACAUCACCGAUGAUGAAAGUGCUGCUGAUCAGCUGAGGAAGCCCAGAGGCCUGAGCCAGCCUGUGGUCCUAAUCAGGGGCCAUGAUGCUGAGCUCCUCAUGGGCGUUGUGAACAAGAACAGAGAGGCCCACGUGAAGAUAGAGGUCAAGGAGCCACCAGCUUGGCCAGACUACGAUGUGUGGAUUCUUCUCACAGUGGUCAGCACUGUGGUCGUCAUAAUUUUGAUUUUUGUUGUCCGCACAAAGUGCCAGCUGAACAGGACUCAGGACUCGGUGCAGCAGCAGACCCUGCAGGCCAUUGGGCAGCUGGCCACGCGCCGCUACCAGCCCCGGGCGCGGCCGGCCCCGCGCUGGGACUCGGCCAGCAGCUGCAGCUCCGCCCCGGUCUGUGCCAUCUGCCUCGAGGAGUUCAGCGAGGGCCAGGAACUGCGGAUCAUCUCGUGCUCCCACGAGUUCCAUCGGGAGUGUGUUGACCCUUGGCUGCAGCAACACCACACGUGUCCACUUUGCAUGUUCAAUAUUCUUGCCAGAGACUCGGGGGACCAGGCCAUGGCUGCCAGCUCCAGGCUGGUCCCUCAGGACAUGGAGCCGGGGCGGCGACUCCACCUUUUCCGCCAGCAUCCAGGACAUGCCCUUUACCACCUCCCACAAGCAUAUCCUCAGAGGAACCUCAGGAGCUUUCCCCCAGAGUCAGCCCAUGGCAACCCCUUCUUCCACUCUCCAGAGCUCUCCCAGUUGGAUUUUGGCACCAUCCACUACAUGCCCUACAGACCAGCCACCUCCCUGCUGGCCUGUGGCCACGUGUCCCCGCUGGCCCCAGGCUUGCUGGGGCAGCAGCACCCCAACCCCUCUGCAUGCGGGCAGGUGCUGGCACCCCACAGGACAUGUCCCCUUCAGCCUCAGCCCCCCUGUGUGGUGCCCAAGGCAGCCGUGGGGGCUGCUCUGGCCAAGCCCCAGGUGCUCAGCCACGUCCACUACCACCACCACCAGCACCACCACUACAGGCAGGACUCAGAGUGUCUCCCUGGGCGAGCGGGGCAGGGGCCUGGGCCACGCAAAUCCCGGUAUUCCGGGGCCAAGGUUGCCCUCCACAGUGCUCGGACACAAAAGAGAACUGAGAAAAGCCAUCACUCUCAGCAGCCUCUGGAAAGCAGUGCCAUGCUGCAGGAGGCAGCUCCAGCAGGCCAGCCAGCCUGUCCCCAGGAAGGCCAGGAGCCCCGUCACACCCCCUCCACUUCUCCAAACAGGCUGGACUUCAGUGUAGAUGCCAACAGACAAUUGGGAGCUGUCCCACUGUCCCCCAGACACAGCUUACAGAGCAGGCAUCACCGAAGGAAAAGAAAGUGUCCCCUGGAGCUGGACCCCGCUCUCCUGCCCAAGGACUUGGCCGAGCCCGGAGCCUGCGGCGCUCCCCUUCCUCCCGGCCAUCCCGCUGGCUCCCGCUGCUCUCCCGAAGCCCAGCCCCUGAUCCCAAGCGCUGCCCUGCCCAGCGGCUCCCAGCCCCUCUGGAAGUGUUUAGUGCCACAGCCCAGCUCUGAGCUGAGGAAGCAGGAGCAGAGGUUGUCAGGACGGGAGAGAAACCGCUCAGUUCCUGCGGAUGUCUCAGGGACGUGCACCCCCAGGCACAGUCUGAGUGUCCGCCUUCACUGCCCGUCUCAGCAGGGUGGUCAGGAAUCUGAAGAGGAGGUCCAGGAUGUCCAUGAACACUCAGUUUAAUAAAACACUGGCCUGUUUGCUCGCUGGGAGUUGGAGUGGACACAGAUGUUGAUGGAGCUGCUCACAUGUGGCUUUGCCCAGCCCUGCCCUGCUGAGACACAGACUGGCAAGAGCAACGGGCCACUCAUGGUCUCCUGCCAUGUCCCCACGGCCCCAGGGUGACACAGACAGAGCUGCUCCCUGGGCUGUCUGCUCUGGAGGCACAGCAGCCCCUCCUCAUCCGUGGCACCGCUCCGAGCUGGGCAGGGCUCCCAGGGAGAGCUCACCGAGUGAGUGCAAGCUGCUAUUUUGGCGUCUUCAUGCCACAGAAGGUUUUGCUAAACACUGCAAAAAUAAACAAGCCUUCAGGACCAAAAGCUGCAGAAAUUACUUUCUGUGGCCUGGUAGCUCCUGACUUCAUUUCCUCACUUAGGUCAAAAGCCAGAUUUCUUCAAUUAACUUUUCCAUGCUUAUUUCAGACACAGGAACAAGCUAUUCUCCAUCUCACCGCUCACAGGGCUGCCCUGCAAGGUGCUGCUUCUGACUUCAGUGGAAACCAAGAGCUCUCAUCACUUUUGGUCACCUCAAUGUCCCUCAGCUGACACCAUCUCGGCCACUGACUGUUUGCCAGCAGCAGGAGAGGGGAAGACACAGGGAUGUCAGCAUUUCUGGGAAGGAGCUGGGUCAGACUCUUUCCAUUGCAAAGAAUCCACCCUCUCAUCUGGCAAUGUGAACAAAGUCUCUCACUCACCCCCUAACUCCUCCACCUACCCUCAAAUAGCUGUCAUGGCCUGUUAAGAGCAUAUUUCAAACAUAUCUUAGAUGUUCCCAUCACAGGAGUCAUACAAAAUCCUGGAGUUCAUGUGGUUCCUGCUUCUCUCCUUCCUCUCCUUGCCCCAAGACACAGCAAAAAUUCCCAGGAAAAGCCUCCAUAGCAGAUGCAGAGCAGAGCCCUAUCCAUCACCCAGCCUUAACUUCAUAUUCUGAGACUCCUGAAAUCCUUCAAAAGGAUUUUUCUGUCUUUUCCAACAUUUUGAUGAUGCAGGGAUAAAACUUGAGAAGUCAUCAGGCUCUAGUUUAUUAUGUUACCCCUCCCCCCCAUUUAUGAAUAUUUUGGGUUUUUCUGAAUAUCACUAGUUCUUAUUUCCUGCAUCUCAUAAUUUGCAGACAUUCAUGCAAAAUGAAACCUGCCAAAUUCAAAAUAUACAGAACCCAUGCAGCUUUCAAACAGCAGAGAAUUCCUGUCAGGUUCAUUGCACUAAAUGAUCAGUCAGGCCAGAUUCCCUUGUGAAGUGCACGUGUCUGUGGCACCAAGUGCUUCCAAGCACAAGGAAGCAUUGGUGAGGGUACAACACUGGAGCUAAAGAUAACUCUUAACAAUGUGAAACUUGAUGUAGGGACAGACUUUCCCAUCUGCUCAGUAAAGCUUCCCAUGUCUUCCUUUGAAGCAGCAGCUUCUCAAGAGAGUGCUCUGGUGAUGCAGUCCCAGUUCAGGAUAAUCCUCUGCCUCCCUUUGUUGGUGGGAAAGGUUUUUACAGGGUUUGCUGCCCUUAAUCCUCGAAAAAGGCAUCUUUGUCCCAGCUGCUAAUCAGUCCCUGACAGUCAAGUGAUCAGCCAAUAGCACUGUUUUAAACCCAACAUUAUUCCCUUGUAGAGCUCAUUCCUUGUCUCCUUGUGACCAGGGCCCUGUGGAACCUUUCAGUCUAGGGAAGAGCUGAAUUUCCUUCAUCAAAGAACCCAGCAGAAUUACAUUCAGACCUUUUCAGGCUCUUGUUUGUCCUACAGCACAAGCAGAAGACACAAGUUCUGAAUUCUCCUGUACAGGGAAGUCAGUCUUAAACUAGAGGAAAAAUCCAGGAGUGGCUCUGGAUUCACCCCAUUUGGCUUCUUGUGCUCCUGGUCUGUGGCUUGUCUGAACCAGCUCCCUGUAGCCUUGACCAUUCUGGAGGGCUCAGAGGCUUAACAGAGGGGGAAGGUCUUGAAGUCAGGGUGCUCCCACUGCUUUUUUUAGGAGUCAGGAAGGCAGAGAGCGUCCAGGGAUGCAUUUCUCUGCUCAAAAGAACAAGUGCAGUUCUAAAGUCCUCUCUUUCCCUCCUUAUCCCUAACAGAAGAGGAGAUUCCUGAAUUUGUGAGCCAAAAGCUUCUUUGGGAAAGCUGCGCCCUCUCCACUCCCCACUGCAGUAUUACCAGGCUGCCAGGGCAGCGCCUGCUUCCAGGGUCUCCCUUGCCCGACCUUCUGCUGCUGUUCCUGUUCCCAUGGGAAAUGCUGGAGUGCAGGUCUGCCUCCGUGGGGCUCAGGGGAGGAGAGGGAGGAACUGUCUGGGAACUUGGGUUUGAAAGAUCCUCUCCAGCAGAUGUGUGGCUGUCCUUGGCUGCCUGGAAGGGAAGAAGCAGUAGCUGAGAAAAUAGGGAAUGGUUCCUCACAGUUCUUUACCUCUUGCUUCUGGGUGGUGCUUUUGAGAGCUGUGGGCUCCACCGUGGAGUUUCUCCAGCAUUCCUGCAGUGAUGCAGAGCUUAUUUUCCUUCUUUGCAUCCCAAGUCACAGCCAAAAACUGAUGGAAGGCAGAGCAUCCCAAACUCCCUCUAUGGAAACUGAAGGCCCAGUCUUUCUGCUGGGACCCCCUUCCCAAAAGGUCCCACCCCUGAGCUGGGCGUAUGGUCGGGCUGGCUGGAUAUCUCCCCUCCUGCACAAAUCCUUCAGAUCCUUUGGAAAUGUGAAUAUCGGUUCAUUUUGUUGUUGCUUUUUGUUUCGUUUGGGGUUUUUUUUUUGCUGAGUCUAUCUUGGCUCUCGGGGUUUGGGAAUAAAUUAUGACCCAGAAAAAAAAAAAAAAAGACCACACACGGGGAAAAAAAUUACAUUUUAUAUAUGCAAAACUGUAUUUAUGUCCGAUAAACACAAAGAUGUGUGAAUAUGCUGAUGUGCUCAGAAAUAUAUUUAUUUACUAAUAUAUUUAUCCAUGUACUGGUCUGCUGCCUGCGUUUGUUCUUUGUGCGUGGGGCUGCGCUCGGGCCCGGCCCGGCCGUGACAGAAACCCCGGCCGGGCCCGAGGCGGAUCCAGCGCCGGG